AAUAAGCGCCAUUGGCUUGAAGAGAGCAAGUAUUCCGGCAGAUUCAGGCCCCGCAGACGACGUAGAUCUGGCGGGCGGACGAGGGGCCAUGUGGAGAAGAUUUUGCUAUGUUGUGCAGAUCCUUCAGGAGGUUAGGUUGUCGUCUUUGUCCAUGUGGGUACUCAAUUUGAUUUACAAGAAAGCGGGAAUGGAGCCGCACUGGUUUGUGAAAGCGCACAGCUUCCCGUACGUCAUUCGUGGUGCAUCCCGGAUGCAGAUCGUGAACCACCGGAGUUGGGUGGCGUUGGACAGCGAGGUCCGUGGUGGUCAGGCAGUGGUGGUGCCGCAGAACUUCGCGCCCGCGUGGGUGGAGCGGGCCAGCGAACAGGGGUGCGAGUGGGUGGAAUUCAAUACCAACGAGCAGACGAUGAUGAAUCACAA